AUGCCGGUCGAGGUCGCCUCUAUACUGUCUAUGCCCUUCCCUUCAUUCAUGUCAAGAUUUGGGAAAGCAGACACCAGCAUCGUGGAGGAUAUGGCAGGCUUCUCUGCCGAGACGAUACACAACGAAGGCCAGAUCUUCAUCGCGGAAACGGACCGGCGUCCUGAUACUACGAUUCUAUCUUCUCAACCUCUACAUCAUCGCGACAGCGUCACCUCCAUAAUGACCGCUUCAACUGAAUCGUCACUCACGACCACGAACUCGACCUUUGAUUCCCCUUUGAUACCUGACGCUUCGCCUUCGUCAUCCCCCGAGUCUGCGUCCUCCAAUCUGCCCAUACUACCUUUCAGAACCGUAAUGGGCAAGGACGCGACAACAGAAGCAGCUCCUUGUCAAGCAACGCAGCUCAAGGAAGUUUCCAAAGACGCUGUGGCUAAGCCAGAAGCGGUGGUGGAAACCACGAGGAAUGUCAAAAACCUCUCGCUUAAUAUGGGCGUCGUCGUCCUGCCUCGACCAUCAACAUCCCAUGGCUUCGAAUCAUCUGAGGCCUUUUCGGCGCCGCCGUCACCACUGAAAGACACGCCGAGGACAGGGAGAAAGAAGCCGACCAACCUCACUAUCAGGACCCCUGGCUUUCAACAACAGACAUUCUCACGGACGUUGGAUGUCCCUCCGACUCCCAGCUCCCGACCAUCAUUACAUCACAUACAGUCUUCUCCGUCAUUGGGGUUCUUAGCUUCCCCGGGUAAACCUCCACCUCAGGGGCUUUUUCUUCAACUGCCAGCACCUAGCAGCGUGUAUUCCGGUUCAAGCGCUGAGUCGAGCAACACAAGUCAGUCUACCAACGGCAAUCUCCCGGAAGUGAGAGAGGAGGACGAGUUCCACCCACAAAGAUCCCAGGAGACCCAGGAGAAAGGCUACCCCAAAGGACCUGUCCUGAUUUAUGAUACCGGCGUCUAUCUAUACCUUGAGCCCACUGCAGACGAAGCCAGCGGUUUUGAUACGGUUAUCAAUGUGGCUAAGGAGAUCAAUUGCCCCUUGGAUCUGGAUGUAUCGAGGGCCGAUGUUGCUGAACCGAAGACCGCAAUUUCAGAACUGUCGUUCAAAUCCGCCUGGGAGUGGCCACGCCCAACUGACCUCGAGACACCGACAACUCCGAGGCAGGGUGCCUUCUCUCAGACAAAACAACCCGAAUAUCUUCACGUACCAUGGGAUCAUAACUCGGAAAUCUUGGAGGAUCUGUAUACACUAUGUCGCUUGAUCGAUGAAAGAGUACAAGCGGGGAAAAAAGUGCUGAUUCACUGUCAGUUGGGUGUGAGUCGAUCGGCCUCGCUGGUGAUUGCCUACGGCUUGUUCAAAGGGUAUCAACCAGACUUCCAUUCCAUGUACAUGACGGUCAAAGAACGGAGUCAAUGGGUGGGCCCGAACAUGAGCCUCAUCUAUCAACUAACGGAUUUUCGGUCGAAAGUAGUGAAAGGGGUGUAUGGAGACCAUUCCUACAACCCGUCUCCGAGUUGGUGGAAGAUGCCGACGGUAGAAUCUCCCAGCAUGGACACAUCGAUCGCAACACGAGAGAUGUGGGAAGAAAUACCAAAAUGCAUCAGCACCAGCGGAGAGGCACCGGGAUCGAGUACGCCUGCCUUACUGCCAAGGGCAAAUGUGUGGGGGCCCAUGCGGUUGAACAAGGCUCUCCCACCUGUACCUCUAUUUCCCAAGGACGAUCCCAUCAACGUCGUCACCUCGGACAACGCUGCGCCCGUCCUGGACAACGUGCCAACGAAGUUUCCUCGACCGGGUGCAUCCCCAAAUUUUACGGCUCCUACCGACUCAAGUAGCCCUCCUCGAAGCCUCUCUCCAAGACCUCUGCCCUUCCGCGAACAGUUCGAAGCGGUCGUGGAAACCGUCCCCUCACCACUGAAGCCUUCCAGAACACCGAGGUUAGGAGUGUGGGCCGUCUCACCCAAAAUGGAUCUUGCUCUCCACGAUGUACCAGGGAGCCCGACGCUACUUUCGCCCAGGGCGGCGGAAUUCAUGGCCUCCCCAUUUGGAAUCACAUCUGCAGGAGAUCUGGCUGUCCCCACCAAAGAUCUCCCACUUCCACAACAAGAACUAGCUUCUACGUCACAGGAGAAGACCGAUCGGUUGUCCACAGCUGUGGAUCCGAGAAGUCCACACCAACAAGGCGAACCUCAGGAUAUUUUUAGACACAUCGACGGAUUCCUGUAA